UUAGCCUAUUUUUAUUUGAUUUUUUUAAUUCCACCUUUGAUUAAUAUGAACUGUUAGCUAUUUUGUCAAACAGUGAAAAAUUAUUCGGCCAAUAUCUUUAUCGUACAGUUAUUUGGGGGAUUUUUCAGGAUAUACACGACUACAGACUAGAAUCCUCCCGCAUCACGUCGCCGCCUUAUCGCGUCAUCCUGGAAAUAGGCGUUGUUGUGUGCACGCGCACCUUUCCAUCCGUAUCCAGGCAGCGCACGCGCAGGGACGCAUGGCUUGGUCCCACUCCACUGUUCAGAGAGGCGCAGCUCCGUUUAGCGCAGUUUCCUCUGACGCAUUUAUCACGGAGUAAUAAUAAACUACACACCUGAGCAUGGACGCGUUAAAAUCAGCCGGGAGAGCCAUAAUAAAAAGUCCUGGAGUUCCGCGGCACACAUGGGGAACCGCCAAGCACGAAAAGCUUCCAGAGAACUGGACGGACACUAAGGAGACCCUGCUGGAGGGAAUGGUGUUCAAUGUGAAGUACCUGGGCAUGACGUUGGUGGGUCAGCCUAAAGGAGAGGAAAUGGCUGCUGCAGCCAUCCACAGGAUUGUCUCAAUGGCUCGAUCCAGUGCAAAGAAAUUUCGGAAGGUCACCCUCACCGUUUCCCCAAAAGGGAUCAUCAUUACAGACACAGAGUCCAGCGAUCUCAUAGAGAACGUGUCUAUUUACAGAAUCUCCUACUGCACGGCUGAUAAAACUCAGGAUAAAGUCUUUGCCUACGUCUCACAGAGUGAGUUCAGUGAAACUCUGGAGUGCCAUGCCUUCCUCUGCCAAAAGAAAAAAAUUGCCCAGGCAGUCACACUUACAGUAGCGCAGGCUUUUAAAGUUGCCUUGGACUUCUGGGAAAUUGCCCAAGAAGACAAAAGUAAGAAGGCUCGCACAUGCUGUUCCUGUUCAGGCAGUGAUCUUCAUGUGGAAACACAACCUCACUCUGCUUCAGAGGCUGAAAAAACCCAGGCUCUGAUGGAGCACAAACUACAGAAGCCCUUCCACUCCUCUUCCAUCUAUUCACCAUCUCCAUGCAGCAAGCUUGCCAGGAGACGGCCAGUUAAACAGGAUUCCUGGGAUAUGGAAGAAGAAGGCCUCAACACAUUCUCAAGGCAGCAGUAUGGGGCUGGAGGAGAUGGACACAGAAUCAGACUGGCAGAGUCCUGCUCCAGAACAGUGUUUGAGGAUGCAGCUGUGAGCCCACUGGAGGAGAACUGCAUGUCUCUCAGCAGUGAAGAGACAGAUUAAUCACCCACCCACACACACACACACACACACAUACAUAUAUACACACACACACACAUUGACAAAAAGAAAACUAUCAUUAUCUACAAAUGUAGAAGAUACAUCAUGCACUGUAAGCACAUAAUACCAAAUGGCAGCAACAAGAGUGCCCCAUAUAUUUAAUUAGCUUUUUCUAGUGUAACUGAUCUAUUAAUUUAUGUUUUCACAGCAUUAGAAAGAAAAGGCUGCAGAUCUCAGAGACACUAUUAUACUGUCCAACUAAACCACAUUUUGCAUUGUUUUCACAAAAUGUGGUUCAUUAGAAUUACAGCCGUUCAUACGAAUCCAUUUGCUCCCCGCUGAAAGUUUACAGAUUUGCUGGUGUUUUUUUUCACCAGCAGACUAUAUUUUGCAGCCUUUCUGAAAAUGUACAUAUAGAAAAUGUAUUACAUUUAUAUCCACAUUUUAAUACAAAAAAUUCAUUAUACUCUCAAAACUAAAGGUGCAAUUCCAUUUUUAGAUUUGAAAAUGAACAUUUCACU